AUGGAGCCGUUCUGCGCCGCUCUGGUCAGAUCCUGGAGAGGUGGCGAGAGUACUACAAUCACUUGUGUAACGAAGAGUUCUGUCAUCCGUUCCCAGCGUCGAGGGUCCUGUUCUACCAAUUACUGCGUCGAAGUCAGUGCUGCCCUCGCAAAAAUGAAGUCGAACAAGGCAACCGGUCCUGAUGACAUACCUGUUGAUAUCUGGAAGCUGCUAGGAGAUCGAGGGUCCAUGUGGCUCGCAACUCUAUUUAACAAGAUCGUUGCAGAAGGACGGACUCCAGACGUUUGGCAAACUUCCGUGACCGUGCCUGUCUGGAAAGGGAAAGGAGACAUUGCUGACUGCACCUCGUACAGGCCUAUACGACUGCUCUGCCAUACGAUGAAGAUUUUUGAGCGUGUCCUGGAAGCUCGUCUGAGGAAAAUUGUUAGCGUUUCACUCAACCAGUGCGGUUUUGUGAAGGACUGCAGCACUAUAGAUGCUAUCCAUGCUGUCCGAAUCCUCCUGGAGAAAUAUCGAGAGAAGAACCGCAGUGUGCAUCUUGCUUUUCUCGAUCUCGAGAAAGCUUUCGACCGUGUCCCACAUGAGCUGUUAUGGAUGUCCAUGAGGUCGCAUAGAAUACCAGAAGAAUAUGUGCGGUGGACGAAGCUGCUUUAUGCGAAGCCUACCAGCGUUGUACGAUGUGCUGUUGGAACAAGCAGGCCAUUCCCUGUACGAGUAGGAGUUCAUCAGGGUUCAUCCCUCUCACCUCUGCUGUUCAUACUGUGCAUGGACACGAUAACGAAGGAAAUCCAGAAGCAGCAUCCGUGGACUCUACUCUUUGCCGACGAUGUCAUGCUCGCGUCGGAGUCUCGAGAUGAUCUUCAGAAACAAGUGCAGUCUUGGAAGGAUCAGCUGCAGCAAUAUGGAUUGCGCCUCAACACAUCAAAAACUGAGUACAUGGAGUGCGGACCAAGGAUAGAGGAUGGUUCAAUUCGUGUUGAUGGCACCGAAUUAAACAAGGUGAACUGCUUCAAGUACCUCGGAUCCAAAGUGACUUCCACAGGCGACAUUGAUCAAGAAGGUCGAGCACGUGUUAAUGCUGCAUGGAUAAAAUAUAAAAUGGCAACAGGGGUACUGUGCGACAAGAAAGUCCCUGUUCGACUGAAGUCGAAGAUCUACAGGACGGUUGUGCGUCCUGUUGCCCUUUACGGAUGCGAGUGCUGGCCGACAACGAAAGCCUUGGAAAGAGUGCUGCACGCUAUGGAGAUGCGGAUGUUGAGGUGGACGAUAGGUGUAACGCUAAAAGAGAAAGUAUCCAACGACACUGUGCGCUUCAUCUUCGGUGUCGUCCCGAUAACUGAGAAGAUGAAGGAGGCACGACUGAGAUGGUUUGGUCACGUAUUGCGGCGGGAGGAAGAUUCUGUUGCCAAAACCGCCCUGAAGCUCGACGUUUCAGGAGUGAGGCCGCGCGGGAGGCCAAAGAUUCGCUGGUUAGACCGUGUGAAGCUGGAUAUGAUAGAUGCACGUUUGUGUACGGCUGAUGCAAUGGAUAGAACCAAAUGGAAGACAAGAAGCAGAAAAGCGGACCCUGCAACAACGCGGGACAAACGCUAG